GUCCGUAUACCAUUGCCGUACCAAGUUCUAAUUUUUAGGGUUCCUGACAUUGCUCUAGAGAAUGUAGCUUUAGAUUCAAGCCAUGGCCAGUCCCAAAGCGCUCGUUCUCUCCUGGUUCGUUGUCUCUGUUCCACUGCUCGUGAUCUUCCUGCUGUUCCCUCACACCGCCACCAUCUUGUGCCCAUCGAUCUCCUUCGCUCCGCAGCAGCAGCAAGCUCUCGAAUCUCGCGAAGAGGACGCUGUGGGUGUGAGUCGCGAGGAUUUGACAUGGGUUUCGUCGCAGAUGGCAAAUGCCCAGCUUGGGGAUCCUCCAAAGUCGGCCGAGGACUGGAUCCGGAUGCGCAAAGGGAUAAAUCCCCGGACGAGAGAGGAGCAACUCUAUGAUCUUCGCCGGUACCACGGGAUAUCUCAUUACGAAGAAAGCGAAGAGAAAAACCACACGAGAUUACCUUGUCCGAGCGAGCUUCUCGUCGAGCAGCACCACAGCAACUAUGGCGAGCCUUGGGCUGGAGGUCGAGACGUCUUUGAGUUCAUCGCAAAGGCCUCGGCUCUCAAGAGACACCACCGGGUGUUGGAAGUUGGCUGUGGAACUCUGCGCGUUGGCCUCCAUUUCAUCAGAUUUCUCGCGGCCGGGAACUACCACUGCAUCGAAAAGGAUCCGCUCUCGCUCAUGGCUGCGUUUUCUUACGAGUUGCCAUCGCAAGGACUGCUUCACAAGAGACCCGUCAUCGUUCGCAGCGACAAUCUGGAAUUCGAGCUGUUAGGAGACAAUGAAUACGAUGUAGUCUAUGCAAGCGCAGCGUUUCUUCACAUGCCUGAUAAACUCGUCUGGACUGGUCUCGAGAAGCUCGUGCCGAGGAUCAAGCCGGGUGGAAGAGUUUUCGUGUCUCACAACAUAAAGUUUUGCAGCAGGCUCGGAGGAGACGAGUGUAACAAAAAGCUGCGAGAGCUGAAGCUGGAGUACGUUGGCAAGCAGACACACGAUAGUCUCUUGUUCAAUCACUAUGAAAUCUGGCACCAGUUCGUCAAGGUGUGAUUCAUUUUUUGUCUGUACCCUGUAUUUAAACCAUGGAUGAGUAAACUGUCGCCAAUUUUUCGUGAGGUUUC